UGACAUUACAUUCUUUUUUUUCUUUUUUUGGGGGGGAAGUAACAGCAUAUUUUUUUUACGGAGAAUUUACAGAUUAGAUUAAAUUUAAUUGCCAAAAAGACUAAUUGAUAAUAUUGUUCAGAGGAGAUUAGAAACAGUUGGAAAUUACAGAAGUCAUCAUGAGGACACUGGAAGAAAUAGACCAGCUGAAGCAGUCAAGAUUCGGUCAGCCUCAACCAAGACAUGGUCUUAAGCUGCUGUACUGGUUUGCUAAUGACUGCCUCCGUUUUAAACAAGACAACAUUAUGCUGUCAAAAUGUUAUCCACAAAUCGGUGAUUUUGGUUUCCACGAAUUUGUGAACAGGUAUAAUAGAAAUGGUACUAAACUCCUCCCUGAUGAGGGUUUGACCUACUAUGAGGUGGGAAAUCUGAAAGAAACAAAAGCAGACGACUUGCCUUAUUAUGUCCGGAACCUUCACACUGACCACCCAGAUAACAGCAACAUGGACCGCCUUAUAAUCAGCGCUAACAAUAAGUGGAUCCAUUCAGUUUAUGUGACUGAGCACAGCAAUCUGUCAGAUUUCAAUCAACAAUCCACUUACUGCAUCAGCAACGACCUCAUUAAAAUGAUCAAAAAUAUGACCUUAGAUGACUUUCUUCUGAAAACUGGGUAUUCUAAAACAAACCUUCCUUCCACAAAUCCUUUAAAUGCUUUCACAGAUCUGAGUAAUCAACAAACUCAACCUCCAACCUCCAACAGCAUCCCAGCAACAGAGUCCUCUAGGAAUGAAAACAUCCAUAUUCAGAUUGACGAUGUGGAAACAUACCCGAGUCGUUGCAACUGUAUUAUACUGUAGAGUACUGUAAAUUAGGUAACAUUAGAUAAAUCUCACAAUAUCAUUAAAAGCAUCAAUAUAACCA